GCGAACCUCAGAGAGCAGAAAGGCUUCAGGAGCCGCUGAGAUGUCUCCUCUCUGAGACGAAACUCGAGACUUUCUACUGUAUAUUAGGAGACAAAGUAACUUUCUUCUCCUGCUUUGCCAUCAUGUGAUCAUUUCCUGGAGACAUUUAAUUUGUACUGGACUUUAUUUUGUACGAGAAUUAGUGAAAAUGUGGAUUUAUUGAACGAAGAUGUUCGAGAUUCUCUUCGGUUAAACCAGCUCCUCCAGCUCCUCCCACCUCCCGCCAUGAGCCUCUCCUCCAGCUCGGUGGCGGGGGCGGAGCUCUACAGCUUCAGCGACUCUCCGGUGUCUCUGGACUCCAGCGUUUUCUUCUGUGAGACGACGGCGUCCUGCGUCAAAGACUCGCUCGAGUUCUUCAUCAUCAACGUGGGUGGAAGUCGCUACUUGCUGUCCCAGGAGCUGCUGGCGUCCCACCCGGAGACCCGGCUGGGAAAACUGGCCUGCUGCAGCCGCGACUCGGCACUGGAGCUCUGCGAUGAUGCAGACUUCCUGGAGAACGAGUUUUUCUUUGACCGCAACUCACAGACCUUCCAGUAUGUGAUGAACUUCUACCGGACGGGUCACCUGCACGUCAGGGAGGAGCUGUGUGAGAUCUCCUUCUUGCAGGAGAUCGAGUACUGGGGCAUCGACGAGGUUCGUAUCAGCCCCUGCUGCCGCGAGCGUUACUACCGCCACAAGGAGCAGAAGGAAACUCUCGACGUACAGCGAGAGUUCGAGGCCGAAGACAGUGAUGAGGACUUUGUUGGCGCCGCUUGCCCGGCUUUCCGUCGACGUCUGUGGGACCUUCUGGAGAAACCCGAAUCAUCACGCGCCGCUCGCACUUUUGGCUCGCUCUCAAUCUUCUUCGUCGUGGUGUCGGUUAUCAACAUGGUGCUCAUCUCGCUGGACUUAGGGGAGGACUUUGAAGUGAGCGGUCUCGGUGCCCCGCUGCUGUUUGACGCCCUGGAGUACGUGUGCGUGGUGUGGUUCACCGGCGAGCUGGUCCUUCGGUUUCUCUGCGUGAGGGAUAAGUGUCGGUUCAGUCGGAGCAUUCCCAACGUGAUCGACCUGUUGGCCAUCCUGCCGUUCUACGUGACGCUGACGGUGGAGAACCUCCACGGAGGAACCACCGAGCUGGAGAACAUGGGCCGCGUGGUGCAGGUCCUCCGACUCCUCAGGUCCCUCCGCAUGCUGAAGCUGGGACGACACUCGACAGGCCUCAAGUCUCUGGGUAUGACCAUCGCUCAGUGCUACCAGGAAGUCGGCCUCCUGCUCCUCUUCCUCAGCGUCGGCAUCUCCAUCUUCGCCACCGUGGUGUUCGCUCUGGAGCACGACUUUCCCGGCUCCACCUUCACCAGCGUGCCGGCCUCUUGGUGGUGGGCGACCACCUCCAUGACCACCGUCGGCUACGGCGACAUCCGGCCUGACACGGCGGUGGGGAAGGUUCUGGCCUUCCUCUGCAUCCUGUCCGGCAUCCUGAUCCUGGCGCUCCCCAUCGCCAUCAUCAACGAACGCUUCUCCGCCUGCUACUUCACCCUGAAGAUGAAGGAGGCGGCGAUCCGGCACGGCGAGAUGCUGAAGAGGUUGGCUCGAGGCUUGGUGGUGGAGGCGGCUGAGGGAGGCGCGGCGGGAGGCGUGAACCUGAGGGACGCCUACGCCAGGAGCAUGUUGGAGAUGUUGAGGCUGCAGGGACGCGAGAGGGCGAGCACACGGAGCAGCGGAGGAGAGGAGCUGUGGAUGUAGAACAGUUCAGGGCAAACAGAGACAAGACUGUCCUGACCUUUGACCCCUCAGGAGGAACUGUGUGGUUAAAGCGCCUGAAAGUUGACAUUUCUUAUCUGAAAUAAUUCAAAUUUUGACAAGUCA